AUGUACUCUCAUUCGUUUCUUGGUCUCUUGACCUCUUGUCUUUCUUUAUGUUCUGUUUCUCUCGCUAUCCCUACCGAGCGUCGUGCCGCCAACGUCAGCUCUGUCGAUGUCCAGACUUAUAUUAACCUCAACGGUGCCGCCCACGGCGAGAAGACCAAGUCUCUGACAGCCGACGGCUACCGGAUGAUCUCUUUGAGCGCUUACGGAACAGCCCCGAAUGCAAACUACGCCGCCGUCUGGAUUAAGAGGGACGGAAACCCCUUUGAAGCAAUCUACGAUGCUGACGAAACAACAUACAAUGCCUGGUUCGAUUCAUGGAAAUCCAAGGGCUACGUCUCCACGCACGUCUCCGCCACAGGACCGGCCGGCAGCGCCGUCUUCGCUGGAGUCAUGGAGAAGGCCAACGUCACGAACUGGGCUCAGCUCUGUGACAUUACCAAUCCUUACGCCUACUACAACGCCACGCUAGGCAUCCCGAUGCUCAUCAAAGACUUCCGCAUGUACGGCACCCCCUCCGACCGCCGAUACUGCAUCCUUGGCCACGAGAACAUUGGCAACCAGCUCGCCACUAUCUAUCCCAGCACGAACUACACUAUUGAUUAUCCCGAAGUCUAUGCCAGCGAGCUUGGGAAGCGCUUCUGGAGACCCUCCCGUUUGUUUCUCUCCGAUGACCUUGUCAUUACGCCGCAGUUCGUAGACAAUGAGGUCGGCAAGUGGGUGGCUAAGGACAACCUCACUGCUGCUGAGUUGUCUGCUGAGAUUGAGACGCAAAAGACGAAGGGCCUGUACCCAAUCGAUCUUCAUGGCGGCGUCUCCGGAACCGACACUCGUUUCACCGUUAUCUUUGCUGAGAAGGACAUUCCCGAGCCCCGUAAGUGGGCAGCUACGGGAAAUUUCACUGGCUUCAAGGACAACGAGGCUGCACUGGCUGAUUUCGACACGACCAUGAAGACAUGGAUGCAGAAGAACGGUGUGCGCCAGGCCCAGAUUGCCGUUGCACUUAACAGCUCCGUCAUCGCGGAGCGCAGCUACACAUGGGCAGAGAGUAACCGUGCCGUCGUCAAGCCGGACGACAUCUUCCUUCUUGCCAGUGUUAGCAAGAUCUUCCUCCACGCCGCCGUCUUCAACCUCAUCGAGGCUGGCAAACUCAACUACUCAACCCCUGUCUACCCACUCCUCGGCUACAAGCCCACAGAGGAACGAGCGAACGAAAUCACCAUCGAUCACCUCCUGCGACACUCCGCCGGCUACGACCGUGCCAAGUCAGGAGACGUAGCCUUCUUGUUCCGCGACAUUGCCUAUAAGCUCUUCAACGGCAGUCGCGCCGCAACACUGCGUGACAUGAUCGAAUACCAAAUCACCCAACCCCUCGACUUCGCCCCCGGAUCAAGCUACGCAUACUCCAACUACGGCACCAUGCUGGCAAGCUACGUCGUGAGCAACGUCACCGGUAUGCCAUACCUCGACUUCCUCAAGGAGAACAUCUUUGACGGCCUCGACGUGAGGCUGUACGAGACCGCCGCCGAGAAGCAUGCCGACGACCGCAUCGUCCAGGAGACCCAGUACUUGGGCUACGACCCCGUCCACCCGCAGUCAUUCCACCGCGUUCCCGGUCCCCACGGCGGUGACGGAGCCAUCAAGGAGGAGAGCAUCGGCGGGUUCUCGCUUGCGGCGAGCGCGAGCACCGUUGCCAAGUUCAUUGGCACCCACGCCGUGGCCGGCACUGGCGGUCGUGCGGUCUACUCGGAGCGUGACGGUACGGUCGUGGGCGCGCGUGCGUUUGCCGCGAGCCGGCCUGAUCUUGACUGGGCCCUGACGCUCAACACGCGGGAAUACAUUUCCGAGGCCGAGUUUGACGACCUGAGAUACUGGAAGAUACCGCGUGUUUUUGAGGACCAUGCCGCGGUCUUGUGA